AUGAAUUUGAGUGGGAGUGUUUUUGAGGAGAAUGUAGAGAUGAAGUUGAAGAGUAUAUGUAAUGCGGAUUGUGAUUGUAAGGAUUUUAUUGUUUACCAGGGCACUUUAUAUUGCCUGACGAGUAGAAACACGAUUUUUGUGCCAUCUGAGAGGGAAGAGUAUGAAUUUUAUGGUGAGAUGUACAGAAUGUUUGCUUAUGAGCAUUACAUAUACCUGGUGUUUAGGUGUUCAAGAGUUUUUGUUUUUGACGUUGUUUGCAGGGAAGUUGUAUGCAAGAUGAGUGGAAGAGGUUCAAGAGUAGUCAAGGCGGUUGUUGAUGGAAGUAUGCUUUACAUGCUAUGUGAACAAGGGAAGAUGCAUAUGAUGUCUAUUAAGGACAUGAAGUGUGUUGAGGAUGAAAGAUAUGAUGAUAUGAGCACGAAUAGAAACAUUAUUGUGAACUUUACUGUGUAUGAGUCGAUGAUACUCUGUGCAACAGCGAGUGGAGAGAUUCUGAGUGAUGGCAGAGCUGUUAUUAAGGUGAUUGAUGGGAUUGAUGGGAUGACCUUGUGCGGAGAGUAUUUGUAUGUUGCUAGUGGAAGUGGACGCUUGCUGAAGUACGAUGUGAAUAAAUGGAGACUUGUUCAGAGGAUUGAUGGAGCAAAGGUGGAUGUGGUUGGAGAUGACUUUAUGGUGAUUGGAGAUGCAAUAGCGGAUCUUCGGAUGAUGAGGAUGAUAAGGAUGCCAGUGAGUAUAAGAAGGAUGAUCAGGACUGGUGGAGAAAUAUAUAUGCAGACGCAAUCUGAGAUCGGUGUCUGGGAGGUUAUUAAAGGAAGUUAG